AGCCCGGCCAGACCUGCCGAGGCCGCGACGCCGGCGUCGACAGCGGCUGCGACUGCCCUGGGAGCGCGUGAGGCUCCGGGGUCGCGGCGGCGAUUGGCCGGCCGCGGCGCCCGCUCCCAGAAUGCAGCGCAUGGCGCGUCAUUGAAGAGAGACCAUGAUGGCGGCGGCGCUGGGGCCCCCAGAAGUGAUCGCUCAGCUGGAGAACGCGGCUAAAGUUCUGAUGGCACCACCUUCCAUGGUCAAUAAUGAACAACGCCAGCAUGCAGAGCACAUAUUCUUAUCAUUUAGGAAAUCAAAAUCACCAUUUGCAGUUUGCAAGCAUAUUUUGGAAACUAGUAAAGUGGACUAUGUCCUUUUUCAAGCUGCCACAGCCAUAAUGGAAGCAGUUGUCCGAGAGUGGAUUCUCUUGGAAAAAGGUAGCAUUGAGUCUCUGCGAACAUUCCUUUUAACCUAUGUCUUACAAAGGCCCAACCUUCAAAAGUAUGUUCGGGAACAGAUUCUACUAGCAGUAGCAGUAAUUGUAAAAAGAGGAUCAUUAGAUAAAUCAAUUGACUGCAAAAGCAUUUUUCAUGAAGUCAGCCAGUUGAUUAGUAGUGGCAAUCCCACUGUGCAAACUCUGGCCUGUUCUAUUCUGACUGCACUAUUGAGUGAAUUUUCAAGUUCAAGUAAAACUAGCAACAUUGGAUUGAGCAUGGAAUUCCAUGGUAACUGCAAAAGAGUUUUUCAGGAAGAAGACCUUCGUCAGAUCUUCAUGUUAACUGUUGAAGUUCUGCAGGAAUUCAGCAGGCGGGAAAACCUCAAUGCUCAGAUGUCUUCAGUAUUUCAGCGUUACCUUGCACUCGCCAAUCAAGUCUUGAGCUGGAACUUUCUUCCUCCAAAUUUGGGCAGACAUUAUAUAGCUAUGUUUGAAUCCUCGCAAAAUGUGCUGUUGAAGCCAACAGAGUCCUGGCGGGAGACUCUUCUGGACAGCAGAGUUAUGGAGCUUUUCUUCACAGUACAUCGAAAAAUCAGAGAAGAUUCAGAUAUGGCACAAGAUUCUCUGCAGUGCCUUGCCCAGUUAGCUUCUCUUCAUGGACCCAUCUUCCCAGAUGAAGGAUCACAAGUUGAUUAUCUAGCACACUUCAUUGAGGGAUUACUGAAUACUAUCAAUGGAAUUGAAAUAGAAGAUUCUGAAGCUGUGGGGAUCUCCAGCAUUAUCAGCAACCUGAUAACCGUGUUCCCACGAAAUGUUUUAACUGCCAUUCCAAGUGAACUUUUCUCCUCCUUUGUUAACUGCCUCACACACCUCACUUGUUCUUUUGGGCGAAGUGCUGCAUUGGAAGAAGUGCUUGAUAAAGAUGACAUGGUAUACAUGGAAGCAUAUGAUAAAUUGUUGGAGUCCUGGUUAACUUUGGUUCAAGAUGACAAACAUUUCCAUAAAGGCUUUUUUACCCAACAUGCAGUUCAAGUUUUCAAUUCCUAUAUUCAGUGCCACCUAGCUGCUCCAGAUGGCACAAGAAAUUUGACUGCCAAUGGUGUGGCCUCUCGUGAGGAGGAAGAAAUAAGUGAACUUCAAGAGGAUGAUCGAGACCAGUUUUCUGAUCAACUGGCCAGUGUAGGAAUGCUAGGAAGAAUUGCUGCAGAACACUGUAUACCUCUUCUGACAAGUUUAUUAGAAGAAAGAGUAACAAGACUCCAUGGUCAGUUACAACGACAUCAGCAACAGUUACUUGCUUCACCGGGUUCAAGCACUGUUGACAACAAAAUGCUUGAUGAUCUCUAUGAAGAUAUUCACUGGCUUAUUUUAGUUACAGGCUACCUCUUAGCUGAUGAUACUCAGGGAGAGACUCCGCUAAUACCUCCAGAAAUAAUGGAAUAUUCCAUUAAGCAUUCAUCUGAAGUUGACAUUAAUACAACACUUCAAAUUUUGGGAUCUCCAGGAGAAAAGGCUUCUUCCAUCCCAGGGUACAACAGAACAGAUUCUGUGAUUAGGCUGUUGUCUGCCAUUCUCAGAGUUUCAGAAGUUGAAUCUCGAGCAAUAAGAGCAGAUCUCACUCAUCUACUAAGUCCCCAGAUGGGCAAAGAUAUUGUUUGGUUUUUAAAACGCUGGGCAAAGACUUAUCUCCUGGUGGAUGAAAAACUGUAUGAUCAGAUAAGUCUGCCAUUCAGUACAGCGUUCGGAGCAGAUACAGAGGGUUCUCAGUGGAUAAUUGGCUACCUCUUACAAAAAGUCAUCAGUAACCUCUCGGUCUGGAGUAGUGAGCAGGACCUUGCAAAUGACACUGUGCAGCUCCUUGUCACUUUGGUGGAAAGAAGAGAAAGGGCAAACUUAGUAAUUCAAUGUGAGAACUGGUGGAAUUUAGCUAAGCAGUUUGCAAGCCGAAGUCCACCUCUUAAUUUCUUGUCAAGUCCUGUGCAGAGGACAUUGAUGAAGGCUCUAGUCUUAGGAGGUUUUGCACAUAUGGACACAGAAACCAAACAGCAGUAUUGGACAGAGGUUCUUCAGCCACUUCAGCAGCGAUUCUUAAGAGUGAUAAACCAAGAAAACUUCCAGCAGAUGUGUCAGCAAGAGGAAGUCAAGCAGGAAAUCACUGCCACACUAGAGGCCCUGUGUGGCAUUGCUGAGGCUACCCAGAUUGACAACGUAGCAAUCCUGUUUAAUUUUUUAAUGGACUUCCUUACCAAUUGCAUUGGAUUGAUGGAAGUGUACAAGAAUACCCCAGAGACUGUCAAUCUCAUUAUAGAAGUUUUUGUUGAAGUUGCACAUAAACAGAUAUGCUAUCUUGGAGAGUCCAAAGCUAUGAACUUAUAUGAAGCCUGCCUUACUUUGUUGCAAGUAUAUUCUAAGAAUAAUUUAGGGCGGCAAAGAAUAGAUGUUACAGCAGAAGAAGAGCAAUACCAAGACCUGCUUCUCAUUAUGGAACUUCUUACUAACCUGCUGUCAAAAGAAUUCAUAGAUUUCAGUGAUACAGAUGAAGUGUUUAGAGGACAUGAGCCAGGUCAAGCAGCAAACAGAUCUGUGUCAGCAGCGGAUGUUGUGUUGUACGGAGUAAACCUAAUUCUGCCCUUGAUGUCACAGGAUCUCUUGAAGUUUCCAACCCUUUGUAAUCAGUACUACAAAUUAAUCACAUUUAUCUGUGAGAUUUUUCCUGAAAAAAUACCACAGCUUCCUGAGGAUCUGUUUAAAAGUCUGAUGUACUCCCUAGAAUUAGGAAUGACAUCAAUGAGUUCGGAGGUUUGCCAGCUUUGCCUGGAGGCCUUGACACCGUUAGCUGAACAGUGUGCAAAAGCACAAGAAACAGACUCACCACUUUUUCUAGCAACACGGCACUUUCUUAAGCUGGUUUUUGAUAUGCUGGUUUUGCAAAAGCACAACACAGAGAUGACCACUGCGGCUGGCGAAGCUUUCUACACGUUGGUGUGUUUGCACCAGGCUGAAUAUUCUGAACUGGUCGAAACAUUACUGUCAAGUCAGCAAGACCCAGUUAUUUACCAGAGAUUAGCAGAUGCCUUCAACAAGCUCACUGCAAGCAGCACUCCUCCUACGCUGGAUCGGAAGCAGAAGAUGGCCUUCUUAAAGAGUUUAGAAGAAUUUAUGGCAAAUGUUGGUGGUCUCCUUUGUGUAAAAUAAACAACAGAACUUUAUGCUUAAUUUAGAUCCUUUCUGCAAAGUGCACUGAAUUGCUGAAAGUUGACUUGAGUCUUGUCCUAUUCCUCAGUUCAUUUGGCCAUUUUGGAUUUUGGAGAGCCUGAAACUUUGAUAUGUAUGUAAUACAGUGAAACAGGAGAGGUCAACUUGGCAUCAGCUUCUGCUGUUAAGUGUUAGCCACAGUCUGUCAUAUAUAUGUCUUUUAGAUUUUGAAUGGUGAUUUAAAAUUUUCAAAAUGAAAUUCCAUAUAUGUGCAAACAGAUAUGGGCACCACGAAAUACAUAUGCAGUGCCUUUUUUCCUUUUAACAUAGGUGGCUAGCCAAAGUUUAGAAUUUUUGUCAUUAAAUAUGAAAUGGAUAUAUGCUAGGCAGUGUUUCUCAAAAUCUCCAUAGAUCGCCUGCAUCACUUGAGGAGCUGGUGAAAAGGCAGAUUCUUAGGCCCAACUGUAGACCUUCAGAGUCAGAAUGUCAGGUUGUUGGGCCCAGGAGUCUUCAUGUUAAUAAGCUUCUCCCUUUCAUCACCCCAAAAGUUUUGAAUCAAUGAAAGAGACAUUGAAAACUCAUAAGAGGUUUUGUGCUUUCUAGCUUUUCCUCCCUUUGAUGAUUGGGUUUAUAAUUCAGCAGGAAGGGGAAACAUCACCAGGGGUUUGUUGGCUUUUUCUUAGCUUGCUUUCUUGCUUGCUUGCUUUCUUGCUUUUCUUGCUUUCUGUCUCUCUCUUUCUUUCUUUUCUCUCUCUCUCUCUUACAUCAACCCAGUGCUGCAGGUUUUAUGUAAUACAAGUCACUAAUCAUACUCUGAUGCCUGAACUUGAGGAGGAAAAUACAUGUAUAUUUUUGUUCCAUAAAAAUAACCUUAGGAACUGUAGCCAUUUCAUUGCCUUAAUUUUAAGAGGAAAAUACAAAAACAGCUGAUUUGUUUUAGUAAGAAACCACGUCUUGAUGCUUCAGAGUUGGUUUAGGGUGUUAGCUGCUAUGAACCUGUUGCCCCUUUCGAUCGUGUAUUUAUGUAGGUUUAUCAGUGAAAUGAAAGGCUUGUUUCCGUCUAGUCUAACUUUUUGAGUGUGUUUCUAUCCAGCCACAUAGCCCAUAUCUACUCUAAAUGGCUUGCUUAAGCAAUAAUUAUUUUAAAGGAUGUGAAUUACUGAUUCACACAGACUAUUGCACGUUGGGGCAUUAGGGGCAAUAAUUCUUAUCCAGUCAUGGGAGCCAGUGAAUUUAAUUUCAGAGAUUAAAAAUUCACUUUAGAUCCUCUAGUUUGAUCUUUUAAUCAGGAUUUUUAUACAGCUGCCAUGCUCCCCUAAUUCAGUGUGCCAGCUUACAAUGUGGAAAUAAAAGCUAAUUUAUACACAGCAGGCAUAUGAAACUCCACUCAUUGCAGUACUUUCACAGCACAGUGACAGGUAGAGGACUCUGGCACAGGUGCACUCAUGAAACUCUGCUUCCACCAUGUUCCUGACACCUAUCUAUUAAACCAUUCUGCAAAUACGGUUUUUCUACCUGAUUGCAUAUAGCAUAUGUGUCAUUACAUGUGAUGCUGUGCAAAACUUUGUAUAAUUCUGUGUUAUUAACAGUUACAAAACUGGAGCAUCUGAAUUACAUCCAGCCUGUGCAUGUGAUGUUAGGUAGAUGUGAAUGCAGGGCCUUGGGCCAUAACUUACAUUUCUCUCAAUUUGAUUAGCUUUGAGUCACAAUUAAGGGGAAGCAAAAACAUCUUGAAAAGACUGCUAGGAAGGAAAUUAAUAUCAGUCAUCCAGAAGUACACGUUUCUGUAUUUUAAAAAAUACUUUGAUGCAUUUAUUUUUAGGUGUUUUUUUCCCCCUUAAAAAACUUGAAGUGAUAUGCAGCAGUGAUCUAUUUGUUUUGCAUUGUUCUUGGUGUUUUGUGUUUCCCAGAUCCCUCAAGCUUUCUCAGCUGUUGCGAAUUAUGUGUAUCUGUGUGUGUGCUAAGUACAGUCUCUUUACCAAAGGGCACUGAAACACACAAUUGACUGGACAGGUCCACGCGCCAUGACAAAACUAUAAUCAAGUUAUUAAAACUAAAGAUGAGUGGGAAAGGAAUGCCUUGGUAAGUAAAAAGGCAUCUAUAUUUAAUAACUUUUAUCCAGAUGGCAACAUAUUUGCAAAAUUUGCCCAGAUCCUAUUACAAUACUGAAAAUAGAAAAUUUCACCUCCAUAUUCCUGAGGUGUAAUUUCAUUAGACUAGUUUUAGUUUAAAAAGAUCUUCUUCAGAUUGGACCAAAUAAUACUUAUACGAUCAGCAGAAUGUUGAAUAUUAGCUCACUGGGGUGGGGAGAAGCCACUACCAUUUUUUAGGCGAUGGGGAUGCCACUGAGUUGCAACGGCUAGACCUUUUCAGAGUGGUUGUGUCCAUGUUUGCCUGAUUGGAUGCUUAUUCACUUUGUGUUUUCUUUUGUUUUAUUUUGUCCAAUUUUGUCUUUAGCUGUGUUUAUUAACUUCUCCUGUCUUGUUUUGUUUUAAUGCUCUUGGCCCAGUGGGUGUCAAGAACACUGGCUUAAUUCAAGUCAGUUGAUUUUUUUUUCUAUUAAAACUGUUGUUAAAACAUUUUUUAAAACAAAAACAUUAUUUGUGCCCUCUUUUAUAUAUGUCAAAGGGACACUGUCAAGUAUUUCAUUUUCAGAUUUUUGUUUUAUAAAAUUUCUGUUGUUCAUAUAGUAUCCUUUAACCUCUAGUUUUCCAUACAUCGUUUGUUUGUUUCUCAUUUUAUUUUCCUUGACCCAUUUAUUUCCCAAGGCACAAUCACUAAAGACUUUGUACUUUCACAGUCUGUUAAUGUAGUAGCACCUGUAACUGUUCUUGUUCUGUUAAAAGGAUUGAUUUGCUUUUAUAGUCCUUGUGCUGGAUGAGUGGCUGCCUCAGUAGCAAAACUACCUGACAGUAUCUGACAGUGUCCUUUCCAGCACCAUUAUUUGGGUCUUUCAGGGUGGCCAUCUCUGUUAGAAGACAGUAGCAUGUUAACAUCACUGCAUUGAGUUUUUGUCUGGUGUAAAGUAUGACUUUUAAUGUAAACAAACUGCAGAUUUUUUUCAAACUAAUUUUAAGAAUUUAGUCUUAUUUCAUUGUAAACUGUGUAUCUAAUUAUAUUACAUUACUCUGUUCAGAUGGGAUGGUUACUACCACUUGUCCAUGAUUUUCAUUUGAAAAGCAAGUAUCUAUAUCAUUUCCCCCCAGUCAGCAUUAUUUAACACUCCCCUUAACUGUCUUUGAACUUUCUCUUUUAACAAAAAUGUCAAGUCUUUAUAGUUGUAAUAUCACCAUGUUUCCCAUUUCUGUUAAUACUUCUAUGAACCCCUAAAGUAUUGAAGGGAACUAGCUGUCAGUUUCAAGGAUUACAAGUUUGAGUCUCCUAGUAUUCAACAUCAUUCUGAACCCUGAAAUAAUAUUUUUCUCUGUUACAAUUUUUAUCUGUUUGCCACCUCUGUUGUUAGAGGUGGUUGUCAAUUGACCUUACUAAGUUAGCUGUCUUUGAUGAGGAAUUAUUGUUAUUGGUUCCUGAAUAAAACAUUAACCUUUUAAGUCAGAAGGAACCUCGGUACUUCUUAAGGUUUGUUUGUGUUUUCUAAAACCAGAGAAUAAGGAACUGAUUUGGCUAUGAGGUUUAACAUUAUAAUUUUCUGUAAGUUUUCCCACAAAACAACGUUGUUGAUUUGAGGAUAUAAUAAUGUUUUAAUCUUUUUAAAAUAUAAGUGGUUAUUCUCUGACUUGGUAACUAUGUUCUGAAAACACUGCAUUUAAGAAUUUUUAAAAAUUGGUUUUCUGAAAUUAAAAUGUCCAAAUUAGGCAUAUUGCUGAGCUCAAAUUGAUGUGAAAUGCCAUAGUUCCAGUUGAAUUUUAAGCAUAUUUUCAUUUAGAUAUAAAAUAUAUGAAGUAUGCUUGGUUGAUUAUAGUGAGAACCCAUGACAUAGUUAACCAAAGAAUAUGUUUGGUUCAAAUAAAAAUAGAAGUUUAAUACUGGGCAUUCAUUCUUUUUAAAGAGAAUGAAUGAAGAAAUCGGUUUCCUGCUGUAGUUAUCUAUGGGUAAGUCUUAGUAAAGACGAGAAUGCUGAAGUCGGCUGUGGCGAUUCCCUCCUAGGAAGUGGGAGGUGUGACUUGCCCAUUACCCGCUUGAAGCUCACAUCUUUACCCUCCUCUCCCACUGUGGUUUGAUCUUCACCUAUUCCCAGGCCCUCCCAGCAAUUGGAGGGGUGUCUUUUUUUUGGUUUUGGUUUUUUUUUCCCCCGUCUGCAUUCUUAGGCCUCUUAGCUAUUAGGAACUGUCAGAUACAUACUAGUAGCUAAUUUUCCUAGCCUGAAAUUCUAUACUGCAUCUGCACUAUGUACCUACUAGGGAUCUGACCUCAAGUGUUUUCUGAGCCCAGGCUUCCUGGUGUGGUGUCUUUUACCACAUAAAAUUAUUACAAAUUGCAAAUGUUGGUAUUGUGAUUUGAUUAUCUGUACAAAGAAAGAAGCUCUAUGCAGUGAGUUUGUGGUUUAAUGGUCACAAAAAUGUUAGCACUGCUACCAGUCAGCACGUGUAAAAUUUUUUAAAUUUAUAAAUAUUAAAAUUUUAAACUUACACUAAGACUUUUCAGUUUUAUUUAAAGACCCAGGGAUGAGUGUACUGUUUAAAUAUUUACCUCUAUUAACAUAACUAAUGAAGGUAUAAAAUUGCAUUUAGUUUUUCAGAAGAUGCUGCAAUAUGAUUUUAGGAAAUAAGGCUAUGUAUUGAGCCAGUUAUAGGCUGAAUAUCAGGUUGAUAAAAUUUUAUUUGUAUUUUUAAAAUUCAUAAAUGGGAGUUAAAAUGUGUCUUUUCACUAAAUAUUUUUAUUACAUUUUUGUUUUGACCAUGUGUGAUUUGUUCAUGGGUAUUUAGCUAGACUCUCUUAUGAAACGCAUUGAAAUGGUGCUAGUUUGUUUAACAUUAUAGGAAGAUUGACACUGGGGACAUUACACGGUCCUAAAAUAAUUUUAAAUUUAAAAAAAUGAAGACAUCUGCACAGAUAAAAAUCAAGAUUUGCAUUACCUUCUGGGAGAACCCGUGGUACUCACAGAAUAUCCAGUAUUAGAAAUAUAAAAAUUUUGUCUAUAUUUUAUAAUAUUUAUCUCAGCCCACAGUCUUAGAAACAGUUUCACAGUUACUGGUUAAGUCAUUAUCUUUGGUGCAUAUUUAGUAAAUACUUUUAGCAAGUCAUUCUUUUUGGCCUUUCAGGGAAAGUGGUGAAUUACCAUCUUACUGUGUGCUAGAUAGAUCCACCCUUUGCCCAGUGUUACAUCUUGUAAACAUAUGAAGUGAAAAGUUAAUUUUUAAAGAAAAUGCAUUUUUAAAAUGUUCAUUUUUAACCUGAAUUUGCUUUGAAUAUUCUUUGAUUUGUAAUGUUGUUAUUUAGCUUAUAUUGAGAUUUAUUCCACUCCAAAGGUGGAUAAAGAAAAGUUGUUUAAGAAAACCAAUUAGAGUGUAUUUUGAAUUUUUGUUUCUUUCAUUCAAGUGUGGGGCCAUACACACAGGCUAAUCAUCUGUCAUUUGAGACCCACAGAUGAUUUCAAGGGUCCCAAAUAUAUAAAAAUCUAUAACUGUUUUUUAAAAGACAUCUUUAAUGGUGCUCUCCAAAAAUACAAUUUGGUUGCUUAUGAGUGAUGCCUUUGACAGGCUGAUUAGAUUAUAAAACAGUUUUGUUUUUUUAAACAUAGGGUCUCAGAUUGGGUCUUGUGCAUUCUAUGUAAUCUCAAAUGGCAGUUCAGUUUGACUUUCUUCUAAAACUCAGUGGAAAUGGUAUAUUUGGUGAAACUAAUGAAAGAAUCUUUUGCUGGGAAAUUCCAUACAGCACCCCCAGCAGCAUCCUGUCUCAGUCUGGCAUAUAAUUCAACCUCCUACUGACUGUCCCUGUAAAUUAUUUUUAAUAUAUAGCAUGAGAGUGAACUGAGGUAAGUCAUUGAUGUUUCCCAGAGAUGAUGAAUGAACAAAAGUAAAUAGGAUCUGCUAAACAUUUUUAUUCCCACAGUAGUGAGCAGUUUUGUUCUUGUUUUGAUAAUGUUCAUUUCUGCCUAAUCUUAGGCUUCAAAUACACCUUUAAGAAAGCCCAAGAUGUCUUGAGUAGUGGAACUUCUUAUUUGUACACCUGUUUAUAACUGCACUGCCCUGGAUGUUAUGGUUAUUUCUAAGGACUGACCUGGUAAAGCUACUUGAACUGGUAGACUGCAGGGUAGAGGCAGACCUAGAUUCAAUGUCUAACUAAGCUACUUAGGGCUUACAUUAAUUUCCACAGGUCUGUUAUCCAUAUCAUGAGUUUAUAAGUGUUCCUCCCAAAGAAAAAAUUUAAAAGUGAUGGAUGAAAUAUAAUAGUAGAUGCUCAAUAAAUUCCAUUGUAUUUAAAGAUUAUUUCUGAAAACAGAUUUCAUUUCAUUAGACAAAUGUAUCAUAACACUAAGUCUGAUACCUAAUAGUCAAUUGCUUUUAAAUACAUGCUGUAAUAUCUUCAUAUUGAUACUACGUUAUAGCCCUAACCACAACCACCCUAGGGAUAUUGGGGUAGACUUCACCAUAUUAUUUACUGUAUCUUUUUUUUAAAAAAUGAGAAAAUGGAUCUAUUUAUGUCAA